GGGGAAUUGGGGGUGCAGGAAUUAAUAAUUUGUUAAUUGCUAACUCCGGCCAGCAGGGUGCGCAGUGACAUUUCACCCAUACUGGAAUCAUCACCUGGACGUUCUUUAGGCGCGGCGUCUUGGGAUCAUAGCUUGGAAGACAGAAACUUUCUUUAAAACAUCAACCUAGCAAAUGUAAACACUUUGACCGCACAUAAAAUGCGAAAAAAUGUUAAUUGGCUAAGCAUUUAUAGUGUCCAUUAUCUUGAAAUACGGUUUGAGAUAUCGCUUAAUAAUAUAACAGGAAAAAGGAAAUUAAUGAAGAGCGAGCGAACUAACUAACAGUCCAAAGCACUUGGGCCCGUCGGAGUGGACAUUUAACGUUAAUUCGAUUUUGCUUUUAUCACAAAUAGCUAAAUGUCACUUAAGGAAGACUAUGUCAGAGUCCGAAAAAGAGACCUGGAAAGGUUAACAACCGAAGUCAUGCAACUCCGCGAGUUUUUGCCUAAAGUCCUCAAUGGGGAUCUGAUCGAAUUGCUCCACAAAGCGCGGGGUGCCGAAACAAUGAAGGCCAGCAGUGAGCAGGAGCAGGAUCAGCUGAGACAGGAGUGCCAGCACCUCCGCUCACGGCUGCACGCUGCUCAGAGCCAGGCAGAGGGGGAGAGGGAGGAGAAGCUGCUCCUCCGUGAGCAGCUGUGGGAAUGCCGGGAGCAGCUGCAGCAGCAGGCGGAGUUCUGCACGGAGCUGGGGGCGGCGACCUGCACGCUGCUCUGGAGCGUCUCCGGGAAGGAGGCGGCGGUGACGGACAUGCUGGCCGACGCUAAGCUGGGCCCCUUCCUGGCGGUAGCGGGUCAGACUCUGGAGAGUUUUGUGAAAUCUCUGGGGGAGGAGGUGAAGAUGGAGCAGCGUGACCUCUGUUCCCAUGACAACCAGUUUGUCCUGGCGCUGGCUGGAGUCAUCACUAACAUCGCAGCUGUGACAUGUGGUCGAGACUUCCUGGCCACCUCCGCCCCUGUGCUGCUCGACACGCUGACCCAGCUUCUGGGUCUGAUGAUGCCUGGGGCCUGCGCCAAGCUCAAAGUGUUGAUGCUGAUGGCUCUGUAUAACGUCAGUAUCAGUGUGAAGGGACUGCAGUACAUCAGCGAGGGUCCAGGACUUCUCCCGCUGAUCUGCUGUCUGCUGGAAGACGGGGACUGGGAGGUGUGUCUCCACGUCCUGCGGCUGCUGCAGUCUCUGGUGCUGGAGGGGGCGGGGCUCACGCCCGCGCAGAGAGAGCGCCUCCCCCUGGCCCGGAUCCGCCAGCUCUCCUCCAGCCCCCACGCGGCGCUGCGGCAGGCUGCCCGGGACACGCUGGAGGACCUGCACCUCCCCACCGCCGCUCCGCAGGGCCCGGAGAACACACAGCGCCCCCUGCAGGAGCGGCCCCCACACGGCAGGACAGAGGGCCCCUGGCACAGCACCAACACAUAAAACACCAUCUGCCUGGUCCUGUUCUGUGGCGUUUACAUGCGGUUCGUAGCAGGACAGGGUGCUGUUUGUCAUACAGUUUGCUUGCAGUAAGUAGUUUUUUUUG